GUGUAGAUGAAGUUCAACAAGGCUGUGUCUUCCUCUCGACGCAAAUGCCGCAAGGCUCAUUUCUCCGCUCCUUCCAACAUCAGGAGAAAAGUUAUGUCUGCGACUUUGUCUAAGGACCUCCGCUCCAAGCACGGCGUUCGCUCCCUGCCCAUCCGCAAGGACGAUGAGGUCAGGAUCAUGAGGGGUGUUCUCGCCAAGAACUCUCCUCCUCCCGCCAAAGUUGUCGCUGUCUACCGCAGACGCUACUGCAUCCACCUUCAGGGAGUCAACCACGACAAGAUGAACGGCGCGCAAGUCCCCGUCCCCGUCCAUCCCUCCAACGUCGAGAUCACCAAGCUCAAGCUCGACAAGGACCGCAAGUCGCUCAUCGACCGCAAGAAGGCUGGACGUAUGGGAGCCGACAAGGACAAGAGCAAGGGAAAGUUCAGCGAGAAGGACGUGGCCAUGGCGGACGUCGACUAAUCGUUUUAUUCAUGAAGUUGAGAAUGAAGAAGAUAGAGCGGGAA